CCGGAAAUGGCGUAACAGUACACGCGUGGCGCGGCGCGGCUCGCCGCUUCCGCAAACAGAACCGUGGGUCCCUGUGUCGGGAAUAUUCUCCAAAAACAGAGGAAUGUAAAAAGAUCUCCCUUGAAGAGAUAAACACAUCAAUAGACUCAGAAACAAUCUUCAUUCAGUAUUAAUAAAAACACAAUCGCUCUUGGGACUGGGCUUUCUGAAACGGUUCCUACCUGUGGGCAAGUAGACACACCAAAAAGGAGAAAAAUGGAGUUUGCAGAUGGUCUUGUAAAGGAAAGUUCUAGUUGUGGGGAAGACACUCCAUCCAAGAAAAGAAAACUUGAUACUGAAACUGUCUCAGAGGAAAAAGGUUCUGGUGAUGAUGAAGGCAUUUCAAAGAAAAGAAGAAUGGAAACUGAUGAUUUUCCAAAAGAUGAAGCUUCUACUGGAUAUGGCACUCAGGAAAGGAGAAAAAUAGGACUUGAGGAUGCUCCUGAAAAGCAAAAAAUCUUGGAAGAAGGACAUAGCUCAGCAGUAGCUGCCCAUUACAAUGAACUUCAGGAAGUUGGUUUGGAGAAGCGUAGUCAAAGUCGUAUUUUUUACCUAAGAAACUUUAAUAAUUGGAUGAAAAGCGUCCUCAUUGGGGAAUUUUUAGAAAACUUGCGACAGAAAAAAAAACGUGAUAUCAGUGUUUUGGACCUGGGAUGUGGUAAAGGUGGAGAUUUGCUCAAGUGGAAAAAGGGAAGAAUUAACAAGCUAGUUUGUACUGAUAUUGCUGAUGUUUCUGUCAAACAAUGUCAGCAGCGGUAUGAGGACAUGAAAAAUCGUCGUGAUAAUGAAUAUAUUUUCAAUGCAGAAUUUAUAACUGCUGAUUGUUCAAAGGAACUUUUGAUUGACAAAUUUCAUGACCCGGAAAUGUGCUUUGACAUCUGCAGUUGUCAGUUUGUCUGUCAUUACUCUUUUGAGUCCUAUGAGCAGGCUGACACAAUGCUCAGAAAUGCUUGUGAGAGACUUAGCCCUGGAGGCUAUUUUAUUGGUACCACUCCCAAUAGCUUUGAACUGAUAAGACGCCUUGAAACUUCAGAAACAGAAUCAUUUGGAAAUGAAAUAUAUACUGUGAAAUUUCAGAAGAAAGGAAGUUAUCCUUUAUUUGGCUGCAAAUAUGACUUCAAAUUGGAAGGUGUUGUGGAUGUCCCUGAAUUCUUGGUCUAUUUUCCAUUGCUAACUGAAAUGGUGAAGAAGUACAAUAUGAAACUAGUCUACAAAAAAACAUUUCUGGAAUUCUAUGAAGAAAAGAUUAAGAACAAUGAAAAUAAAAUGCUGUUAAAACGAAUGCAGGCUCUGGAGCCAUAUCCUGCAGAUGAGAAUUCCAAACUUACCUCAGAGAAGGUGGAUGACUAUGAACAUGCAGCAAAGUACAUGAAGAACAGUCAAGUCAGGCUACCUUUGGGAACCUUAAGUAAAUCAGAAUGGGAAGCUACAAGUAUUUACUUAGUUUUUGCAUUUGAGAAGCAGCAGUGAGCACCAGAACAGCUGUGUUCCAUCUUAUGCAGCUUUGAAUGAUCCACCUUAGAUAGAUUUGACAACUUUCUGUUUAAUUAUUCUAAAUGUACAUGAUAGUGCCGGAAACUCCAGUGUAUAAAUUCAAUAUUUGCUGUCUGUGACAGAUGAAUUUUUAUGUGUGUAUAUAAGAAUGAGUUGGGACCUUUGUCUUUAAAAAUCUAUUUUUAAGUAAUGUUCUAAAAAUUCCAUUUGCCUCUACUCUCUUAGCUCAUAAAAGUUAUGAUUUGUGAAAGCCGCUAAACUCUUUCCCCAGUGCUCUGAUUCAUUCAAUGUUUGUUUACAGUAUUAAAUGUAUUACAAUUAUAGAACUGAUAGGGAGCAUCGUACUGGUUUGCAGGUGUGUGCUCUUAUUUCCGGAGUUUUGCUAUUUAGUGUUUUUUAAGAUUAAACAGAUUGCAUUCUGUACAGUUGAAUGUAAGUGUUCAAUAUGUAUUACUAAAGUUAUAAGUUUAAAACUAAAUUUUAGAUUGUUGUAAAAGUUAUUUAACUUGAAUUUUAGCCACUUAUUAUAUUUCAUUAUAAAUAACUACUCUAUUUGCUAAUAUAUUGCAAUUCUGGAACUGAUAAAACAUUUUCAGAUCCUAGCAUAGAAUUGCUUUGGAUUUGGGGGGUUUUCUCUGAAGAAUUUCCUAUCCUAGCAAUUAAUGUUUCUAGGUAUCAGGAAUGUAAUUAGAUUUAUCUUUCUUCAUUGAACAAAAAUGCUGUUUUUUCUCAAAAUAUAAUGAAAACCUCUCCCAUGUAAACCUGUUGUACAUUUUCCUCAGAUUUCCUCAGUACUGUAAUAGGACUGUAAAAAAAAAAA